AUGGUGAUGGUAAACCACCGAACUCAGUGGGAUGCAAAUACUGUCGAUGCCAACUUCGAAGAUCACGCAGAAAUGAUUCUCAAAGAGGUCGAGAGCGUUCACAAUCCUGGGCAUCAUGAGACUGGAGGAGCUUCUGCUUACCCAGGUGCCAAUUUCAGAGAAUAUCACAUCCCUUUACAAUUGGAUUUCUUCAGAAAUGAUAAAUUUACUGGUCGAAGGGAUGUCCUCGAACGCAUACAUGGAUCCUUGGGUGGUCACAAAGAACACAGUCAGCCCAAUGUUGUUGUUCUGCAUGGAAUGGGAGGAAUAGGUAAGACUGAGCUCGCUGUCGAGUAUGCUCACUUGCAUCAGGAAAGCUAUAGCUCUAUCUUUUGGAUUGAUUGCUCCACGGAGAAUUCAGUGCGCCGUAGCUUCUUACGGAUUGCAAAUCGAGUGUUCAGACACUAUGCGGGCGAGGCAACUGAAACGGUGACUCCAAAUGCUUUCGCUGCAAGGCUCGGGCUGAAGGGGUCAGCUGAUCAGAAAGGCCUCAAUUCAACUCUAGACAAAAAUGCCUUGGAAGUCGUGGAAGCAAUGAGACACUGGUUUGCAGAAGGUCUCAACAGAGAAUGGCUACUUAUAUUUGACAAUCUUGACGAUCUGGAAGCGUUCAAUAUCAUGGACUAUAUUCCAAGAACCGCAUGGGGUAGCAUCCUCAUAACGAGUCGACGGCGGGGAUUUUUGAGCUAUGGAACCGCCAUAGAAAUUUCAGAAAUGAGCCCAGAGGAAGGCUUGUCACUGCUGGUGAAGACCGCAAGGUUUGGUCGUGAUCUCAACUCUGAUGAGCAACGACUAGCGUUGAAGCUGUUGCAGUCACUUGGAGACUUCCCUCUAGCUAUUGAACAAGCUGGGGCAUAUAUUUCUCAACGCAUUUCUGACGAUUCUGGGUCCUAUUGUCGCGCUCUGGAGAAUUACCUCGACUCAUAUGAGAGAAAUGCCAAAAUGCUCCUACAGUACAAGCGGCUUUCUGUUAUUUGGAGCAACCGCAAUGAUUCUGCUUUGACAACAUGGGAGGUGUCGUUCAAUGCAAUCAAACAAGAGAGCACAGAGGCGUCAGAUCUACUUCAACUGUGUGGAUUCCUCGAAAACAAUGACAUUUUUGAAGAAAUGUUCAGUCUUGGCCGCAAGCUGCCUGCCAAUGAUACAACAAUCCAGGAAUCGCUCUCCAAGUUAGCUUCGUAUUCAUUAGUAAGCUUCAGAGGUGCACGCGACGCAUUUUCCAUUCACCCUUUGGUCCAUCUUUGGGUGCGAGAACGCCUGACACUGGACGUACAGCAGCGACUAGCAAAUGAAGUAGUCCAACUGGUUGCUCGCGGGCUACGCCUCAAAGAGGAAAAUGAUUAUCGAGACUCUCUGUCAUUCGAACAACGCAUUAUUCCUCAUCUUGACAAGGCUGUGAAUAACAUGCAGAGAUUCCUGAGCUCCUCCACAACAGAAGUCAGCAUACGACCGCCUUCAAAUUCUAUCAGUCAAAGCCGAGUGUCAAUUUUGUAUGAUAUUGCGGAAGGAUGGUAUCUAUGGGUCUGGGGAGCCAUGAGCGACAUCUCAAUUUCCUGCCGCCACUUUUUACUUUCAGACAUCGAGUCAAUCACCUCUACAAAAGCGCAGAGCAAAUUUACCGAUGGGCAUUCACAGAGGCGCGCACACGGCUACACGGAAAACAUCCAAAAGCCCUUGGAAAUCGCUGGCGACUUAGCUUGGGCAAUAGUUUUGCAAGGGCAAUAUGAUGAUGCUUCGGAUUGGUACAGCUGGCUUCUUACAUCGCGGAAGAAAGUACUCGGCAAAGGCCAUCAUGCAACACUUGGUGCCUUGAAAGGUCUAGCCUCUAUUUCAAAAUACAAAGGAGAUUAUGAUAAAUCGCUGCAGCUGUACUUUGAGGCUUUGGCUGGACGUCAGAAGAGGCUAGGGCAAAAUGAUACAAUGACAUUAAAUGUCAUGUUGGAUAUUGCAGAAGUCUCCCAGUACCAAGGAAAAUUCAAGGAGGCGUUAAGAUGGUAUGAAAGAGCCCUUGCUGGACGACAAGGGACUCUUGGAGAGAAACAUGAAUCUACGCUGCAGACAAUCAAUAACAUUGGCUUCCUCUUCAAAAGCCAAGGAAAGCUUGAGGAAGCAUUAAUAUGGUAUGAACAAGCCCUUGUCGGGCGACGAGAGACGCUUGGAGAGAAACAUAAAUCUACACUCCAGACAAUUCAUGACAUUGGCCUCCUCUUCCAGGGCGAAGGCAAGUAUGAAGAGGCAUUAAGAUGGUACGAAGAAGCCCUCCCUGGGCGACAAGAGACGCUUGGAGAGAUACACAAAGAUACACUACAUACUAUUCAUAAUAUUGGGUUUGUCUUUCAGGGCCAAGGAAAGUAUGAGGAGGCAUUAACAUGGUACAAACGAGCCCUUGCUGGGCGACAAAAGACACUUGGAGAGAAACAUGAAUCUACACUACAGACCAUUCAUAACAUUGGUCUCCUCUUCCAGCGCAGAGAAAAGUAUGAGGAGGCAUUGGUAUGGUAUGAAAGAGCCCUUGCCGGGCGACAAGAGACGCUUGGAGAGAAACAUGAAUCUACACUGCACACUAUCCACAAUAUUGGCGAUGUCCUCCAGGGCCAGAAAAAGUAUGAAGAAGCGUUGAAAUGGUAUGAAAGAGCCCUUGCCGGGCGCCUGAAGACACUUGAAGAGAAGCAUAUAAAUACACUGGACACUAUUUACAACAUUGGCCUCGUCUUCCAGCAGCAAGGAGAGUACGAAGAAGCGUUGAGAUGGUAUGAGCAAGCCCUUGCUGGGCAAAAAGAGACGCUUGGAGAGAGCCAUAAAUAUACGCUGCAGACAGUUCACAGCAUUCGCCUCAUGCAGUGA